GAAAGGGGCGUGACCAUGCAAAUGAGGCCGGGUCUUGACUGGCCGCGAGCCGGCGGUGGGAAGAUGGCGGCGGGGCCGGCGUUGCGGCGGGCGCAGCUGGUGUUGGGGCACCUCGGCGGCCCCGCUCCGGUCACCGGGGUGCGGGCCGUGCCCUGCCACAGCCGCUCCGGGACCUCGCCCGACGAUGUGGUAGUGGUGCACGGGCGGAGGACGCCCAUUGCCCGCGCCAAGCGCGGCGGCUUCAAGGAUACCACUCCUGAUGAGCUGCUGUCCGCUGUUAUGACGGCUGUCCUUCAAGAUGUCAGUCUUCGUCCUGAGGUCCUGGGAGACAUCUGUGUGGGAAACGUGUUGCAGCCUGGAGCUGGUGCUUUGAUAGCAAGAGUGGCACAGUUUCUAAGUGGUAUUCCAGAGACUGUACCGUGCUCAAGCGUGAACCGGCAGUGCUCUUCCGGGCUGCAGGCCAUUAUCAAUAUAGCUGGUGGCAUCCGAAAUGGAUCAUAUGACAUUGGCUUGGCCUGUGGUGUGGAAACUAUGUCCCUCAGAAGUGCAAAUAACCCCGGAGAUAUCAGUUCCAGUAUGAUGGAGAACAGCAAGGCUCGAGAUUGCCUUAUUCCUAUGGGAAUAACCUCAGAAAACGUGGCAGAGAAGUUUGGAGUUUCCCGGAAGAAGCAAGAUGCCUUUGCCUUGGCUUCACAACAAAAAGCAGCAAAAGCUCAACAGAUGGGACUGUUUAAAACUGAGAUUGUUCCAGUGAAGACUACUGUUCUAGAUAAUCAGGGCAACCAAAAAACAAUCACUGUGCACCAAGAUGAAGGGAUUAGGCCUUCCACAACCCUGGAAGGCUUGGCAAAGCUGAAGCCUGCUUUCAAAGAGGAUGGUAGCACUACGGCAGGUAAUGCCAGCCAGGUCAGUGAUGGAGCAGCUGCUGUUCUCCUGGCAAAGCGCUCAAAAGCAGCACAGCUGGGACUCCCAGUCCUGGGGGUGCUCAGGUCCUUCGCUGUGGUUGGAGUCCCACCCGAUGUUAUGGGCAUAGGACCAGCCUACGCCAUCCCUGUUGCUGUGGAGAAGGCAGGUCUGACUCUGAAUGACAUCGAUAUAUAUGAAAUUAAUGAAGCCUUUGCAAGCCAGGCUGUGUACUGUGUUGAAAAGCUGGGCAUUCCCAUGGAGAAGGUCAACCCCCUGGGAGGAGCAAUAGCACUGGGACACCCACUAGGCUGUACCGGUGCUCGUCAAGUUGUCACUUUGCUCAAUGAGCUGAAGCGCAGAGGGAAGAGAGCAUACGGUGUUGUGUCGAUGUGCAUUGGAACUGGCAUGGGUGCUGCAGCAGUAUUUGAGUACCCGGGGAACUGAACUCCAGUGUCCUGAGGAAACAAUGCAACCGCUAAUUUUCUGCCUUCUCUCAUAAUAGCAUAUAAUUUGCACUGUGAAAUCAAGUGGAUUCAGGGGUUCGUUACUAGAUCUACAAAUAUAGGCACAAAUUGCGAAGUAGAAUAAAUUGCACAGAUCUACUAUGCACGUGGGAAAAUGCAAAACUGGCAAAUGUGGCAACCUGGUAUGAGAAGAGAAAUGAGUUUAGGUGCAGUUCCAUACAGGCCAUUGUGUGGUGAUCAUGAAUGAAUAUUUCUAAUUGAAUUGAUCUCUUUACUCUGUGAACAUUAUCAGAGAGAAGUAGUUCAUGGUACAGUCUUCUUUGACAAAUUGUCUUAAAACAGUUGCUCAACAUGAAAACAACAGUGCACAUGGAAAGGCUUUUCCAGAGUUUUCUUAAAAGAUUUCCCCAUCUUGCAAGAAGUCUCGGGCAGCUAGUUUUGAAAGCAGUGCAAAGAUUUAACAUUUCCUUUACAGCCAUGUCUGUUCUAGUCAAGUUGUAAGCUCUGUCUUAACUUGUUCCCAUGCUGGAGGAUGUGCUGUAGCUUUAUGCUUUCAACCAAACUGCUCUGAAGCCUCUGGUGGGGGAAAGUGGAACAACUAGAGAGUGAUUCACACAGGAGGUGCCUGAACAGGCUGAGUUGGUAGAAGCCAGGAAUUUGCAAGUGACCAUUCCACCUUUUACAACACAUUUCUAAUUAUCAGCUUGUGUGACUCUAACUUAGAAGAAAAACUCAAGCAUAAUAAUAUUUACUUACCUAACAUAAACCAGAUUUCAGUGUUAUUCCUACUGCAAACACUACAUCAACAUCAGUGACAUCUCAGUACAAAUCUGCAGUUCAUCUUGUAAAGCUCUCCCUUAUCUUUUCUUCUGCUUCUGAGCAGAAGUAUCACUGAAACUCGGAGGUAAAAGAAUGGAAAAGAAAUGUACUUAUUGUUUUUGACAUGGUAGAGAAGUGUAAAUCUGUAAUACAGACUCAAGUUCUUCGUCCUGGCUCUUAAGUUUUGCACUAAAUACAAUUGGGCAAAUGGUAUAUAAAUGCAAUAUAUUUGUUUUCUCUUUACGAUGAUUGUUAGUCGAAGGUCACGAUUAGCUAGAGCUCUUCAAUAUUCUCCCUUUCCUGUUCUCUAGUCUCACUCCCCAGCGAUCCCCUGUCAUGUAUUAUGGAGCAAAACCAUGGAAUUAUUUACAGGGGCCAGAGAGGCUUUGGCAUCUCCAAGGAUCCUUUCUCCACACUGAAGUUCCUGUCUGUAAAAUGAGAUUGCAGUGCUAGUAUGGUACAAAUGUUUUAAACGAGGCAGGAGGCAGCUAUCCUGUGCCUUCUGUUUUCCUCCAGCAUGGAUUCUAGUCCUCCCCACAUGCACUGCUGUUAACAAAAACCUUUUAUUAUACGAUGGGAGUGGGAAACUUAACAGACUCAGAAGUGGGAAUUUCAGUGACCUUUAGCUAAAGUAAUACUAAAAACAUUUAAAGAGAGUUGUGAGUAAAUGAGAACCAUGUGUGUGUGUGUGGGGGGAGGAAUUAAAAGGAGGAAAGGUUCCUCCCUCUGUAGCUGAAGGGGAUGUUCUCAGUACCCAAGCAUGAUGAAACAUGCAGGUUGGUAGUUUUCCAAGGACUCCAGGGAAAGCCGGGUCUUCCCCUGUUCAUGCAAGGCACUGAGAAAACAGCCCAGGGAAUGCUUUCCUGUUCACUAAUCCUUGCUUUU